AUGGGAGUGUUGACAUUUAAAGAUGUGGCCGUAGAAUUCUCUCUAGAGGAGUGGCAAUGCCUGGACACUGCACAGCAGAAUUUAUAUACGGAUGUGAUGUUACAGAACUACAGAAACCUGGUCUUCCUGAGUAUUGCUGCCUCUAAGCAAGACAUGAUUACCUGUCGAGCAAGGAAAAGAGCCUUAGAAUGUGAAAAGACUUGA